AUUUAUAUAAUCCAAGUAGGUAUUUUUACAGUUCAACUAUUCCCCUCUCUCUCUCUCUCUCUCUCUCGUCUCUACGCACACUGACACACACAUUCAUAUAAUUUCGGUUCAUGAUUGAAAAAAGGGGCUACAGAUUUUGAAUCGCACAACAAUACCCAUCUCUUAUGCAAUUUAUUGUUUGUGUAGUAUAUUUUUGAAGAUCAUAUUCGAGCUGGUAGAACCAGAACUGGUUUACAAAUCAAACCUAGUUUGCUGAAUCAGUCUCCUGAGUCGCUUGAUUCAUGGAAUUUGUGAAUCAAGCUAUAAUUCCAGGAUUGCCGGAUGACUUAGCUUUGAGAUGUUUGGCAAAGGUGUCGCAUGGGUACCAUGGACUGCUUGAAACUGUCUCAAAAAAAUGGAGAAAUGUAAUCCGCAGCUCAGAUUAUUCUAACUAUAAAGCUAAAGAAGGGUGGUGCGGGAAUUGGUUGUUUGUUCUGACUGAAGGCUCUAACGGCCACUGGGCUGCUUAUGAUCCUGAAGCGGAUAUAUGGCAUUCAUUGCCAAAGAUACCCGGGGUGGAUUAUGACUGGCAGCACUAUGGAUUUUCAUGUGUUAGUGUAUGUAAUAAGUUUCUGGUGAUUGGUGGGUCCUAUGCGCCAUAUGAUCCAGUGUUUCCCGAACAAAAGCCGUUGAUAACAAAUAAUGUAUUGGAGUUCGAUCCAUUUGAGAAACAGUGGACUUGGGUAGCAAGUAUGCGAUUGCCACGAUCUCACUUCGCUUGUAGUGUUGUUUCUGGCAAGGUUUAUGUAGCUGGGGGACGCACUUCAUCAUGCACCACGGGGCUUUCUCUAGCUGAAGUUUAUGAUCCAAUGAAAGACAAGUGGGAAGAUUUGCCACCAAUGCCGAGUCCACAAAUGGACUGCUUAGGGCUAUCGUAUAAAGGCAAACUUUAUAUCUUGAGCGAUCAGGUAGGCCUGCCUGACCAGACAACUUCUGAAGUUUUUAAUCCAUCAGACAGAACAUGGUGCACAGUUGAUGACAUCUGGCCUUUCUCAAGGGCAAUGCAUCUUGCAGUUCAGGUGAUUGGGGAUGAUCAGGUAUACACAGUUGUAGAUUUGGGUGAGAGCUCCAUAAAAACCAGGGACACUGAAAAUGGAGAGUGGCGCCAUGUAGGUUCAGUUCCUUCGGUGGUUCUUCCCAACCAUCCCCGGCCAUUGGAGUCAUUCGGCCAUGGUUUUGCUGCACUAAGAGGAGAAUUGUAUAUUUUUGGAGGAAAGGUGCUCAAGUGGGACCCAUCAGGGACUGGGAGGUUUGAAAUUGUGAAGUUGGGUUUAGUUAGGGUUUGUGACCCCUCUUUCACACCGUUGAAAUGGAAGGAGACUAGACCUAUGUGUAGUUCUGCUCAUGGCUCCAUCAUAGGAUGUGGAUCUUUGGAAGAAGAAUCUCAUCCGUGAUUAAAGGUAACGUAGUCUCGUGGUACGAAACAUGGCUCUCUGUGAAGCCUCUGCAGAGUCUAAAAGCCAACUCCUUGAGACCAAGCAAAGUAUUCGAUCGAUGAAAUGGUGCAUUUUCUCAUAUUAGGCUGCUAUUACCAAAAUGACUUCAUUAAGAAGCAUCAUCUCGGCGGUGCCUAACGUUGUUCUGUUCGUCCUUGCGUCUGAUGGCAUUUGUUUUACGAACGGUUGAUCUGUCUGAACUACAAGCCUGCUGUAAAACCUGUAAGACAAUUUCUGUAUUUGGUUGAUUUUCACCAUGACUUAGGAGUGAGAUGUUGUACAUAUGAAUUAUUUCUGUGAAAAUUUGAUGCUGACUUUUAUUUUCGAGAGAAAUGAAUUAAUCAUCAAUCAGGCAUUUAA